ACGGCUUGCAGUAAAACGGCUUUCCGGUUUCCGUACGAGUUUCCGGUUGUUCAAUUUCGUCUCUGAACGAGUAUCUUCUGUUUUUAUUUUCCUCCUAAAACGCAUUGAGGUGGGAAUAAUGUCCGUUCAAGGGACGAACCCCAACAACCCUAUUGUGUUUUUUGAUAUUACAAUCGGAGGACAGGAUGUGGGGCGGAUGAAAGUCGAACUUUUUGCUGAUGUCGUCCCAAAGACGGCCGAGAAUUUUCGGCAGUUCUGUACUGGAGAGUUCCGGAGGGACGGUGUACCAAUUGGUUUCAAGGGCUGUGCAUUCCACAGAGUGAUCAAAGACUUUAUGAUCCAAGGAGGGGACUUUGUGAAUGGUGACGGCACUGGCAUCUGCAGCAUCUACAGAGGUCCGUUUGCAGAUGAAAACUUUCGACUCAAGCAUUCUGCACCCGGUCUUCUAUCCAUGGCAAACAGUGGUCCAGGGACAAAUGGCUGCCAAUUUUUCAUAACCUGCACUAAAUGUGACUGGUUAGAUGGAAAACAUGUUGUGUUUGGUAAAGUUGUGGAUGGAUUGCUGAUCAUGAGAAAGAUUGAGAACGUUCCCACAGGACCCAACAACAAGCCUAAGCUCCCGAUCCUCGUCGCACAGUGUGGAGAGAUGUGAAGAAAAAUGAUUCUGUACGCAUGAAGUUACAGUAUGUCCUAUUUGUUUACCCUGCAUAGUGUUUAGUGUCUAAUCUCACUUUGUGUAAAACCCACAGAUUCAGCCCAAUUUUGUAUCGUAAAUAGGAAAUAAAUUGUUUUACUUAAAAAAAAAAAAAAACACUUUGACACUUGCAUGUCUCUGUGUGUCUGUGAAUAAAAUUCCCAAUUUGCAAUAUUAGUGAAAACACCAUACACUGUCAGAGAAGGUUGAAAAUACUUGUUUUGUUGUUGCAUCAGAGCUCACCACAGUGUGCCACCACAUUUGCAAGAUUCAUAUGAUACAGUUUUAAUAAUAUAUUCAUGGUGAAUUGUCUAGAUUGAGUUCAAAUGCUUUCAAAUAGCCUUCCUCUUCAUAGAUUUACACAUUUUAUUCAUAUUGUAAUACGAACAGUAACAUCACGAUGGUAUCAGUGAAAGAUAUUUUGAUAGCUAUGUAUUUCAAAAAUAUAUUUAAAAUAUUGCACUUCUAAA